CUUGAGGGACAGGAAGUGCCUAUAUCUAUAGGCUACAAUGAUGUCAAUUCUGUUACUUUUUGCGAAGACCUGCAAGUUAUUUUUAUGCGUCCAAAAGAGGCAUUUAAGCAAUCUCUGCUAAAACGACUCAAUAUCGCUGGUGAUAAGAAAGGCUCAGAUUUCAAAUGGAUUAUACUCGUGCUUGCAGAACUGCCAAAAAAGGCUACGAACUCUGUGAUGCACCUCACAACCUCACAAUUUGAACACUUCUGUCUUUCUGUGAAACAAAAUGAGGGCUAUUGUAUGGCUCGACUGCCGGCAAUGUCAGCCAAAAACCUCCUCCUUAACUGCAAUCUCAUGCUAGAAAGGCUCAGAUCUGUCCCUUCGUCAACCUCAAUCAGGACACCUCCUUUAGACAGUCAACGUGAAACCCUUGACAUUAGUACCGCUGUAAAUCCCAAUAAUGUUGCAAGUGGAUUGCUUACUAGUGUGAUCUCCAGUCUUAACGCGUUAGUUCCUAAAUCCCCUAGAGGAAAGAGCAACGAGCGGAUAAUAGUCUGCCGGAAAGCGACUUGUUCUGCCCCAUGGUCUCCAAUUCCAUAUAGUGUUCGUCCAGAUCGGCCAAGUAUACCGACAACUAAAUAUUGCUCUCAACCAAACGUCAGUGAUGAAAUUAUUAUAUUAACUGAGGAUGGAGCAGAUACUCAACCCGCGUCGGUUAGUCUCAACUCUCCCUCCACCUACUCUAACUCCGGACUGCUACCAUCUCUAAAUACAGCCAACAUUGUUGCAUCAGAUGAGACCCUAUCUUCUUCUGAACCUACAUUGUAA